AUGGCAUCGGGUCCGGCGGCUGCUGCGGCGCCGGCCCGUGAAAAGUGCAUCGCUGAGAAGGACCUUCCGAGGACCGUGAAGUGGAAGAAAACCGCCGGGCGGCAACCAAAGCCGAAGCCCCUGGUCGUUGGGGAGGCUCUGACGGCCACUCAGUCUCAGACGUGCAUUGCGUCUGGGAUCCCGGCAGCCCCGUCUCCGCGGGCCAAGCCAGCAACUCAGGCCACGGGAGAGACCGAGACCGCUGCAGAUCCGACAUCUCCCAUCCGGGAUGUCGGCCCGAGCAUCGACACUUCGAGUGUCGCCCAAGCCGGGAUGUCUGCGGCCGAGACUUCGGCAGCCGGGGCUGCUCCUUCAUCGGUAGCAGCUAAGACGCAAACACAGCCGCAAGCCACGGAGGUUCCUCAACAGCUGGCGACACAGGCCCAAGGACCCCCAAGGACAGCAAACGACGUCCACACCGCCAUCGCUGCCACCGCAGCCGCAAGCUACCCAACUAGUGGCUACGCAAGCUAG